AUGGGCUCCCUCGGACACGCCAUGGCCCCCUACACCGUCCUGGACGACACCCGUCCAGACGACAUGUCCCUCCCGGCUUUUAUGGUGUCUAGUACCCGCGGCUUCCUCCCCCGGAUGGAUCCCAUCGUGACACUGCCGGCCGAGUUCGACGCGCUCGAGUCCAUCCUCCAGCGCAUGCCCGUCAAGACCCUCUCGGGCGAGCCUGGCCUGCUGGCCGAGAGCAAGCUGGGCGACACGGUGACUAAGGAGCUGCCCGACCUCACCGACGCCGUCGACAAGUACAAGGACAACCUGCCGCUCAUGAACGCCCUGUACAGGGACUACUCGUUCCUCGCGUCCGCCUACCUGCUCGAGCCGUGCCACGAGCGCUUCGUCAGGGGCGAGGAGUACGGGUUGGGGAGGGAGGUGCUGCCGGCCAACAUCGCACGGCCCAUCGCCAAGUGCGCUGCUCUGUAG